UGUGUGUUAUAGUUGUUGUUUUUGCUGUUGUUGGUGUCUGAAGCAAAUCGAUACAAUACGUCUCCGUGCAGUGUACUAGAGACGAAGACGUCGGCAAAGGGUGUUAAAGGGGGCCGAUAUACUGACCGCAGUGAAGAAGUGAGAAAAUUGGGAGCGAAUACGUCUCACGACGCGUGACAACCACGGUGUGUGCGAAUCAAAAGAAGUCUCUAUCACUAGGCAACCACCGGUGUCUGUGUGCGUGUCUGUGUUUGAGUGCGCACAAGUUCUUUGCUUGGAAAACGUGAUUUAGCCACACGGCGGAAUUCCAUAUGUAUAAAUUCUUCGUGAAUUCGAGCGUGAAAUACAUAAUAAAGUAGAGAGCAGUGAAGAUCAAGUUCAAAGUGUUUCCCGUUACAAGUGUGAGCUUGGUUACUUUGUGAAGAAAAUAGGUAAAAAUAAACCUAUACUGAGUACAGUGAGGAACGAUUCUACUAGCGAAUCCAACUAUCAAACCGGUGCUUGUUUUUUGCUCGGAUCGACAGAAAUAACUAAUUUCAUGUGUAAAUUCGCAAGCAAGAAGAAUUCAAUCCUACUCGACAAUAAGAAACGUGUUCGACUAUUCUUCCGCAAGCCACGCUACACGCACUACUGCUCAGUUUGGUACAUUAUAGAAUCGGCAGCGGCAGCAGCGGAGGAGAAAACGGUCAACGGCGCGGAUCGACGGGCACGGAUCAACUGAAUUCCCAUAUUUUUCCAAAACUGUGAGAGUGCGUAACAGCCAUCAUCAUCACACAACAACCCAAGUAGUAUUCACACUUCAUUCGUCAAGAAUUCAAACGAAAAUCCAUUCCUAGCACUUUGUGUAGGCGAACAAAAAUCUACCGAGUCUUGUCCAGUGCGUGUGUUCGUUUGUUUAGGGGAAGCUCCAGGACCGGUUCUACGCUUUACAGUGUCCGCCGGGGUGAAGAGCUUUACAUAACUUCCCGUCACGUACAGCUCGCGAGUGGAUAACUUUGCCAUAACCAGACGAACGUUCACUGAGGGGCUCAAGUGUGCAAGCAAAGUGAGUGUUCGGCAGCGAAAUCACAUGUGUGGCAAUGUGCCUUCCCUGUGCUGAGGGAAAAUAGUGCUGAUACUCACCGGACAACAUACGGCACCGGCGAAUUGUGCGCGAAAUACGAUACUCGGUGUCCUACAACAAUCUGAUAACCCGUGUGGAACAUUGUGACGAGCGAGUCCAAUCGAGUGUGGAAGAUUCGGAAAGCUCAGCGAGCGUGUCGGUCGUCAGCUUAAAUCAACGCAGACACCUUACCAGUGAAUUGUCCAGGAAGCACUUUGAGAAGGCGCCGAGCACCAUGGAAGGCUAUUGGGAAGCAACCAACGGUCACGCACCGCAUCCCGUCAAGUACGAGAGUGAAGCAUCCGUGCCCGGAUAUUCGUAUUGCAGCGAGCAGCUAAAUUUUUCCGCCGCCAACACCACCUACAGCGAGGAUGACGCCGACUUUGCCCCAGGUCGACGAGGAAAAACGUCUAGGCAAGAUCCAUUAUCACAUCGAAUAAUAGAAAAACGGCGGCGUGAUCGCAUGAACUCCUGCCUGGCGGACCUGUCCCGGCUCAUCCCCCAGCAGUACAUGCGCAAGGGUCGUGGUCGGGUGGAGAAAACCGAAAUCAUCGAAAUGGCGAUCCGUCACCUGAAGAACCUCCAGAACCAGGAAUGCGCCCGCGAGAAUUCCUGUGCCGAGCAGUACCGGCUGGGCUACAACGAUUGUCUGACUGAGGCGGCCAAGUUUAUGCUGCGCGAGCGUGGCGAGGAGAUGUGCUACCGAAUGGUGGCGCAUCUCAAGGAACACUGCAAUGAAAUCAUGAAAGGUGAAAUGAUCAAGUCGCGGUGCGGAUCGGAGAUUCCCAACGGCGGCAGUCCAGUGUAUUUGCAUCCAGGUCCUCUGUCACAGCUCAGGGAUAUGCUAUCGUGUCCGUCGGAUAUCGAACACAGUAGCAAUGACCACCACGACGUGAAGGAUCUUAGUUUCCGCAGCAACACCAACAGUAACAGUAGCAAUCCGCCACAGGCUGCGGUAAUUACUUCAACUGCGCCCAGCAGCGUACAACAUCUGGACACCUCCAGCAACCACUCAACGGUGGACUUUGAAGCGUCGUCACCUUCUCGCAUUUCCACCAGCUCUACCAACGGCCAGAUGCAGCACCUCUCGCAGGAUACCAACAACAACAUCAACGCUCAGCACGAAAGUGUCCUGCGGACGAUUCGUAUGCGAAAGUUCUCGGAAACAUCGCCCGAACACGAACACAGUCACAAUAGCUACAAAUUUAAGAACUACAUCCAGCAACGUUUUUCGCAGGAUAAUCAUGGUCAUGAAAAUGGUCACAUGACGGAAAUGGAACUCAGUCCUUCGUCCAUCCACGACGAUCAUCCGAUGGCUGAAGGGCCUCCGCCGUCCGCCAUCAAAGGACUGGUAAAUGGGCUUGGUCCGAAGAGUAGAACUGACAGUGUUACCGUCCAGAACAACGGAAACGAUGAGCCAUUAUCCCUGAAGCGGAAGAUUUCCUCCGGAGAGCAACCUUCGCCAGUGCCGCAGGUUCGGGACGACCGAGAGGACUCCAAGAACGGCCUCACCGAAAUCAAGAGUGAACACGUGGCGAGAAGCGUUUACGCCUCGUAUGCCGUUCCGAUCUUCGCCUGCCAUACUCAAGGUUUCUAUAUUCCAUUGAACGUAAACUAUGAAAGUCUACUGCCAUACCUGAACGGAAUCGAUCUGUUUGGCAAGAGCUAUCGGCAGAUGCCUCCGCUGCAUCCGAUAAGCAUCAGCGUCAAUUACGCCCCGGCCAGUCUGAUCAAAGCCGCUGUCAAUGGGUUGACUCCCGCCGGGAAAUCCACUCUCGUCGUCGAAGCCAUGGUCAAUGGAUGCUAGGAUCGGCCCAGGGAAUUACUUUGAACAUUGGUUGAUUGGCCCAGCAAAGUUCAAUCCGCCAAAUUUUAGAUAGUUCUAAACAAUUUGUGUUGUUUUAUUUUGAUUUGUACUUGUCAAACACAAAAAAAAAAUGCAAACUGAAAUCAACAGCAACACUUUGAAAUGCAUUUUUGCCAUUCACGAUGUGCAUUUGCCCUAUUUUUUCCUAUAAUUUAUACGUAACACACGCCACCGCAAUGGUUCUUGUGAUCAGAACUGAUUGGAAUGAUAUAGGCAUACUUAAACUAUCAAAUUGUUUUAAGCAAAGAAGAAAACGUCAACAAUGCCAUUGUUAGAAGAAGAAAACACACCUACAGCAAACAAGCAUCAACGCGAAAAGGCAAAAAAUUCCAUUAAUACUACUGCUGAAACAAUAAAAAAAAAAAUAGAACCAACACAGACAAAAGUCAAACAAAUAAAGUAAACAAAGUAUGUGUAUAUGUAUAUUUCAACUCAGGUAAACAAUAUUUGUAAAAAAAUGAAAAUAAAAAAAUCUACAUGCAGCAUAGAUAGCAAAUGAUUCAAAAAUGUAUAAAAGGAAGAAAUGAAGAACACCUAGGGCGUCGUCCAUAAGCUACGUAGAAAGUUUUUGAUAAAAUUUAGACCAACCCUCCCGCAUCAUGCGUAGACAGCGCUUCGUAAAAAAAAAAAUGUAUAGAUCCCUCCUACUAAGCCGCUUACAUGGUUUGUGGACAGCCCCUAGGCAUCUAAUCAAAAGUAAACUAGGAAGAACUGGAAAUAGGGAACCAGAACAAUACAAUGAAGAAAUCCAGUUUAAUGAAAGAAAGGGAUAUCCAUAAACCACGUAAACACUUUAAUCGGUAAAUGUCGACAGUUCGUAUAAAUUUGAAAAAAAUAAAUGUAUAGACGAUUGUAUACGUAGUUUAUGGGCAACGCCUUACCUAGAUCAUGUUCCCUUGAUAGGAAAUGGUUUCGUCUUAUUGCAUGAUUGUACUACAACAGCAGCAACAACAAACGACGGCAACGACGCCGACAUUACCACCACCACCACCAACCAACCCGCAAUUUGAAACAAUUUUUUUUUUUUUAAUUUUUAAUAACAAAUAUUAUUAUAAUGAAAUCUUUUAAUCUGUGAUACUGAUUAACAAAACAAACAAACAAAAUGGAAUGCUAGUAGAACGCCUACUGCAGAGAGAUGAAAAGAAAGAUUGAAAGAAAUUUUUUUGCGAGAAAACGUAAGCGGAAAGACGAGAAAAAAAUAAACCUAGGAAGAUAGCAAAACAGAAUACCUUUUACUAUUGUGCAGAACGAAAAAAAAAAAACAAAUCAAAUUAACGUCGUAAGAAAUGGAUUUGUAUAAACCAAUCAGUCGCUUUGUGUCUUGUAUAUUUGUAACACCGAGCAUCAACAAAUGAGAAAGAGGAAGAUAAAGAAAAACAGUUGUUUUUUUUUAAAUUAAUGCGAGAAGACAAGUGCUGUACAUAGUGAUGAAAAAUAAACCAAAUAAAUUGUCAUAAAAAAUCGUUAA